AUGCUUUUUUUUUCAUUUAUUAAAAUGCAACUAUCUAUAUUUAAAGAGUAUUUUUAUAUAAUAGGAUCCUUUGUAAUUUUAAUUCUUUUAGCAAUAACCUUUUUUUUAAGGAAUUCUCCUAUAUUAUUAUAUUAUUGUAAGAAUAUAUUAAGAAAUUUGUAAAGAUAUAUGAUAUAUCAAACAUUAAUCAUUUAAAUUGCAAUAUUACUGGUUAUGGCUUAGAAAAAGGGCAUCCAUUUAAUUUUUGUAAAUAUUGGAAUAUUUAUAGUUAAAUCAGCACAAGAUAAAAGUUUAGCAUUUUACUCGUCAAUUCUAUCAAGAGAAAUUUUGAAUUAUCUAAUGAUAAGCAGAUAGUAUUCGCUGUUUCUGAGAUUCAAUGAUUGUUGCAACAGGUGA